AUGUCGAAGACAAAUAUUCGUCGUCCGCAAAAGAAAACGACUUUGAAAAAACGUCAAGACUGGGAUUCAUCGGUCGGUGAUUUAUCUCAACAUCGUCUUAGUGAUGAUGAAGCUUCACGACGAAAACAAGCGUAUCAAUCACGAAAUCUGCAACUAAUUCAAGAAGAAAAACAACGAAAGAUUUUAGCAAAAGCUGUUCAGGAUGCAAAGAAAAAUAACAAUAGUCAAUUGGGUAUUUUACGUGAAAUCUUAUUUAACGAAAGAGAUAUUGAUGAAUUGAUGCAAAAAUCUAAUCAUGUUUUACAAUCAAGUCGAUCGGAAAAAUUCGUUCCGAAAAGUAGUGUUUUGCGUAGUGGAAAGAAUCAUUAUACAAGUUUAACUGAUGGUCGAGCGAGAAAAACAUCAUCAUCGUCAGCAAGACAGUCUUCGAUAAGGAAUUUGAAUUCACCAGGUGGAGCUGAUUGGAAUCAAUCCGAAGAAGAUAACAUUUCAGUCAGUUCAGGAGGAGGUGAAGAGGAGGAUGAACUGGAAAACGAACCAGUACGUUUAAGUCGUUCGAAUAUGAAAUCCAAUUCGAAUCAUCAUCGUGACUCGUCGAAUGAACGUGAUCCAUCACAUUCAAUAACAAAUCGUAAUCUGAAUGUCUAUUCCCAAUCUCGACAGCCAUCAAACGGUGUUCGUUCAACUAAUAAUGUCUCCUUCAUGUCUGAUACAUCGAAACUAGGAAGUAAAACUACUCCCACGACUGAUUUAACUAAUAAUACUACGUCAACACAUCAAUUGAAAAUGCUACUUGAUCGUCUAUCUCAUGAAUUAAACGACCUGGAAUCCAUCACAGGCUUCAAAUCAGAUAAAACAAACUCAUCAUUACAUAACCAAGCAAAUACAUGCAGUACUGCCCUUGUAACUGCUCUGAUUUCUUUGACAGGCCAUGUUAAACAAUGCGCGCUCGCUACAAAAAAUCAACCAAAUCAAGACACAAACAACCUGAAAGAUCAACUUUCAGUUGUCAUCAAAGCUCAAUUAGAUUUUCAACAAAAAGUUGAAAAUCAGAUAUCAAUGUUACAAACAAUGAUGCAAACAGUUUGUCAACUUGUGAAUAAUGAAAUUAUUUCUUCGAAGAAGCCAACAACUGCAAACACAGUUCCUCAACAACCACCCAUGAAUUCUGCUCGAGCACAUCGAGAUCGAGUAGAUUUUCAAACAGCUGAACCAAGACAAAAUUGGCCAACUGCUACUAACAAUACUCAGGUUCAACGAUCAAAAAUGAGUUCUGCCGAUGAAUUACUCAGUUAUACUCAACGUAUGAACACUGCAACCCCAACAGACGUGAAUCAGUAUCGUUAUUCGACAUAUAGUGAAUCGAAUGACACAGCCAAGAGAUUCUCUCGACCUGCAUCAACUAUUUCGAUACAUGAUGGGCAUUCCAAUGAUUGCUCUCGACCGAUUUCUCAACGCCGAACAUUCGAACAAGAAUCACGUUCGUCAAUGAUCAGUCCAAUCGAAAUCCCGUCGUCCUAUGAUAUGUUUGAAUCAGGCCUUCCAAAGAGUAAUUCAACGACCAGUAUGCUACGCAGUGCAACAACUACUACAUCAAAUAAUCUAACAGCAACAGGUUCAAAUAAUGAAACCAUCUUAGAGAAAAUCUUGCAAGAACGUCUUCUUCUUGUUCAACAGAUUGCUGAACUCAAUAAACAACAUGAAACGACUCAAGAAGAAUUAGCCAAUCUCGAAGCAAAUGCUUUACAAAAACGUUCCACAUAA